AGUUGAAAAAUUUACUGUUAAGCAGUAAAAUAACAAAUAGCUCAAAUGUCUCUUAACCUUGAGUUUGAUAGACCAUUUGAAGACUGUGAGCCUCUGAAGUGGGGAGCAUUACGAGAGUUAUGUCAUGCAAACACAGAAUAUUUUAUGUCGCAUCAAGAUGAAAAUGGUAUUAGAAUCAGAGCAGCACAUUUGGCGAUAUUGGAUCAUUUAGAACAGUUGCAACCACUGUAUGAAGAUAUUAGUAUAUUCGCACCAAAAUUUGAUUUUGAUGAUAUAGUACCCGGCAAUGGGUACAGAAGUUUUCUAGUCUUAAUAGAUAAAUCUAUCAUACAUUCUCGUGCAAUCUGUCACCAAAUAUACUGUCAGAAGGAUUCUAUAUUUUUUCGUAAAAGUAAUCAUAUGAGAGAAAUAGAGGCUUGUUCGCAAUUAUUAGCAUCUUUGUGCACAUGUUUAGAGCAUUUACAAACUCUUUAUUCAUGGAGUGAAGAAACAACUGAUGGAAAACCAUCUCUUUUUAUAGGAGAUAAUCAUAAUCCCUAUGAGAUUUUGAAUAAAGCAAGUAAUAUUAAUCAGUAUUGUUUUUAUGGCAGAUGUUUGGGAUUUCAGUUUUAUGAUUCUUUAAAGCCUGCCUUAAAAACUAUAUUGGUCUGUAUGGCUACAUUUAGCGAAGCAUUCUAUACUAAUGGAACCUUGUUAGCACGAUGUGCUAAUUCUGUUAAAUAUAUGUUAGACCCUGAGGCAAGGGCACGACGUAUUGUGGAUGUGUCUCAACGUGCUGAUAUAUCAUUUUGCCAAGCCUUUUGGUUUCUCAAUGAGAAUAAUAUAGCACGCAGAUUACCAGCUAUAACAUCCCCAUCUUUGGCAAUAAAUCAAGUAAUUUCUAUUCCACCUGAAGAAUUAACACUUCCUGCAUUAGAUGGGACAACAGUGUCAAUUCCAAUACCGCAUAGUCACAUUGGAAAGAAGCCAAUUCAUGUUAGGUUAUUAAGCUUUAAACGUCGCUUGGGAAUGGUUGGUUCAGGUGGAGUAGCAGGAGAACUGCUUGGAUUGUCUGACAAGCUGAUAAUUCAUUGCCAUGGUGGUGGUUUUGUAGCGCAGACGUCACUGUCUCACGAAACAUACUUACGGUCAUGGGCCAUAGACCUUGACGUUCCAAUUUUAAGCAUAGAUUACAGUUUAGCACCUGAAGCUCCAUUUCCCAGAGCACUUGAGGAAGUGUUGUAUACAUAUGCGUGGGCUUUAAACCAUGCGAGCACUUUGCUUGGCAGUACAGUGCAAAAAAUACUUCUUGUUGGUGAUUCUGCUGGGGCCAACUUAAAUUUAGGUGUUACUUUAAAAUGUGUAGAAUUGAAUAUUAGGAAACCAGAUGGAAUAUUUAUGGCGUACACUCCAGUGUUUGUAGAUUUCGUGCUGUCACCAUCGCGGUUGCUGUGUCUGACUGAUCCCUUGUUACCUAUGGGAUUUCUUAUACGUUGUUUAAAAGCGUAUGCAGCAUCGGAGAAUAAGAAAGUAGCGAAGGAAAAAGAACAUGAUGUCGCAGAUUGUGCAAAAUCAGACACAGAAUCUUUUGCGGAGGUCAGUGAAAGCGAUUUAAUAGCGUUAGCUCUCAGUCCGAAUGGAGAUGAGACGAAUGAUGCGCAUAAGUUGGCAUCCUUACCAUCUGACACUACUUUAAAUUCUGUUAGUUUAACAGAAGCUGAUGGACUCGAGCAUCCGCAAGAGCAAGUAAAGUCUCAAGAAUAUAUUAAAAGAUUUUUGGACUUGUAUCGAAAUUCUGGUAUAAAUCCGGCCACAUAUAUUGGAAAUAGUGCUAUCAGUACAGACAAUAAUAUUCCUAGGAAUGGCAAAUCAUGGUCAUUCUUUGGAUGGUCACUUAAAGGGAGGGAGCAUAGAGAAUCUAGAGAGCUCGAUAUAGAGAAUGUGAAAAGUCUUUUGGAUGAAUUUGUCUUCACGGUGCCCAGGGAUCCAUUUUUAAGCCCUUAUCUUGCACCAGAUAAUCUACUAGCACAAUUACCGCCUAUCGCAAUGCUGACAUUAGAGCUCGAUCCGUGCCUCGAUGAUUCCGUCAUGUUUGCAAGAAAACUUAGAAAGCUCGGUGUAUUAGUCAUGCUUGAUAUACUACCUGGUUUACCACACGGAUUCCUUAAUCUCACACGGGUCUCAAGAGAAGCUAGUAUUGGAUGUGACUUAUGCAUCAAAAGAAUACAGGAGCUACUGGUACUAUAA